AAGGCAGACGGGAUGGCCAGCUCAGCCCGGGAGCACCUGCUUUUUGUGCGACGUCGAAAUCCCCAGAUGCGGUACACUCUGAGCCCAGAGAACCUCCAGAGCCUCGCUGCCCAGAGCUCCAUGCCAGAGAACAUGACCCUACAGCGGGCCAACAGUGACACGGACCUGGUGACUUCUGAGAGCCGCUCCAGCUUGACUGCUAGCAUGUACGAGUACACCCUGGGGCAAGCUCAGAACCUGAUUAUCUUCUGGGACAUUAAAGAGGAGGUGGACCCCAGUGAUUGGAUUGGACUUUAUCACAUAGAUGAGAAUUCUCCAGCCAACUUCUGGGAUUCUAAAAAUAGGGGUGUGACUGGAACACAAAAAGGGCAAAUUGUAUGGAGAAUUGAGCCUGGGCCUUAUUUCAUGGAACCGGAGAUAAAAAUCUGUUUUAAAUACUACCACGGCAUUAGUGGAGCCCUGCGAGCCACCACGCCCUGCAUCACCGUGAAGAACCCUGCUGUGAUGAUGGGGGCAGAAGGCAUGGAAGGAGGUGCUUCAGGCAGUCAGCAUUCUCGGAAGCUCGUUAGCUUUACGUUGUCAGAUCUAAGAGCAGUUGGGCUAAAGAAAGGGAUGUUCUUCAAUCCUGACCCUUACCUUAAGAUGUCCAUUCAGCCAGGGAAGAAGAGCAGUUUCCCCACUUGUGCCCACCAUGGACAGGAGAGAAGGUCUACUAUCAUCAGUAACACCACUAAUCCAAUUUGGCACCGGGAGAAAUAUUCCUUUUUUGCUCUUCUUACUGAUGUCUUAGAAAUUGAAAUUAAAGACAAAUUUGCCAAGAGCCGUCCUAUCAUCAAGCGUUUUCUGGGGAAACUAACCAUUCCAGUCCAGAGGCUGCUGGAGCGGCAAGCCAUCGGUGACCAAAUGCUCAGCUACAACCUUGGCAGAAGGCUCCCAGCUGACCACGUGAGUGGGUACCUCCAGUUUAAAGUGGAGGUUACAUCUUCUGUGCAUGAAGAUGCUUCUCCAGAAGCUGUUGGCACAAUACUCGGAGUCAAUACUGUGAACGGAGACCUAGGAAGCCCUUCUGAUGAGGAAGACAUGCCAGGGGGGCAUCAUGACAGCCCUGUUUGCUCGAAUGGACCAGUGUCUGAGGAGAGUGCCAAUGGGACCCCCAAGCAUUCUUUCAGGACUAGCUCAACUCUGGAAAUAGACACAGAGGAUUUAACCUCUACUUCUUCAAGGGCCUCACCUCCCAGAGGACGUCAGGAUUCACUCAAUGAUUAUUUAGAUGCUAUUGAGCACAGUGGCCAUUCCAGGCCUGGCUCAGCUACCUGCUCGGAGAGGUCCAUGGGAGCCUCUCCAAAACUGAGGAGUAGUUUUCCCACCGACACAAGACUCAAUGCCAUGCUUCAUAUUGACUCAGAUGAAGAAGACCACGAGUUCCAGCAAGACCUGGGUUAUCCCUCUUCUUUGGAGGAGGAAGGAGGGUUAAUAAUGUUUAGCAGGACAUCAAGAACUGAUGAUGUGAGCCUGACGUCUCAGACAAAGCCAGAAGACAGCCCAAUGGAGAUUGAGGAAGCCUCCACAAAUGAAGCUGCUUCCUUUGAGGAUAAGCCGGAAAAUCUUCCAGAUCUUGCAGAGAACUCUGUACCCUUGGGCUCAGUUCCAGAUGAAAGUGAAAAUGGCCCGGAGUCUCAACCCCGUGCUGACCAGGACAGCACCGAAUUGUGUGGCUCUCAAGAGGUAGAUCAGCCCACGAGUGGGGCAGACACAGGGACUUCUGACACAUCGGGAGGAAGCCGAAGAGCCAUCAGUGAGACUGAGUCCCUUGAUCAGGGGUCUGAGCCUUCACAGGUGUCCUCUGAAACAGAACCCAGUGACCCCGCCAGGACAGAGAGUGUGAGUGAGGCGAGCACCAGGCCUGAGGGAGAGAGUGACCUGGAAGGCGCUGACAGCUCCUGCAAUGAGAGCGUUACCACGCAGCUGUCCUCAGUGGAGACACGGUGCUCAUCUCUUGAGAGUGCGCGGUUUCCCGAAACCCCAGCCUUUUCUUCCCAGGAGGAGGAAGACGGAGCCUGUGCAGCAGAGCCCACGAGCAGCGGCCCCGCAGAAGGGUCACAGGAUUCCAUAUGCACUCCUGGUUCUUUACCUGUGGUGCAAGUGCCCAGCGGAGAGGAGGAAGGGCCAGGGGCAGAAAUGGCUGCUUUACCUGACCAGGACGAGGUGGGGGAGGUCUGGCAGCGGAGGGGCAGCCUAGAGGGAGCUGCUGCUGCUACUGAGAGCCAGCCCCAAGAAGAGGGUGAUGCUGGGGAUGCCCAGGGGGCUUGUGAAGGGGCCACUGCCCAAGAAGAGGGCGCUACUGGAGGUUCUCAAGCCAACGGCCACCAGCCACUGCGAUCGCUGCCUUCAGUGCGCCAGGAUGUUAGCCGGUACCAGAGGGUGGACGAGGCUCUCCCACCAAACUGGGAGGCGCGCAUCGACAGCCACGGCAGGAUCUUCUACGUGGAUCAUGUAAACAGAACCACAACGUGGCAGCGGCCCACAGCUCCCCCCGCCCCGCAGGUGCUGCAGAGGUCCAACUCCAUACAGCAAAUGGAGCAGCUGAACCGGAGAUAUCAGAGUAUCCGCAGAACCAUGACUAAUGAGAGGCCUGAAGAAAAUACCAAUGCUAUUGAUGGGGCAGGGGAGGAAGCUGACUUUCACCAAGCCAGUGCAGAUUUCCGCCGGGAGAAUGUCCUGCCCCACUCUACCUCCAGAUCCAGGCUCACGUUGCUCUUACAGUCUCCCCCUGUGAAGUUCCUCAUCAGCCCAGAGUUCUUCACUGUGCUGCAUUCUAACCCUAGUGCCUACCGCAUGUUUACAAACAACACGUGUUUGAAGCACAUGAUCACCAAAGUCCGGCGGGACACCCACCACUUUGAACGCUACCAGCAUAACCGGGACCUUGUGGGAUUCCUCAACAUGUUUGCAAACAAACAGCUGGAGCUGCCGAGGGGCUGGGAAAUGAAACACGAUCAUCAGGGCAAGGCAUUUUUUGUUGACCACAACUCCCGAACCACCACUUUCAUUGAUCCCCGGCUCCCACUGCAAAGCAGUCGACCCACCAGCGCGCUGGUCCAUCGGCAGCACCUGACGAGGCAGCGCAGCCACAGUGCAGGCGAGGUAGGAGAAGAUUCUCGACAUGCAGGACCACCAGUUCUUCCCAGGCCAUCGAGUACAUUCAAUACAGUCAGUAGGCCACAAUACCAGGACAUGGUUCCAGUGGCUUACAAUGACAAGAUUGUUGCGUUUCUGCGCCAACCCAAUAUCUUCGAAAUUCUACAGGAACGCCAACCUGAUCUUACCAGGAAUCACUCACUCAGGGAGAAGAUCCAAUUUAUACGAACUGAAGGGACCCCAGGAUUGGUGCGCCUUUCAAGUGAUGCAGACCUUGUUAUGUUGCUGAGUUUAUUUGAAGAAGAGAUAAUGUCUUAUGUGCCUCCACAUGCCUUACUCCACCCCAGCUACUGUCAGUCUCCACGUGGCUCCCCAGUGUCCUCUCCCCAGAACUCGCCAGGUACGCAGCGUGCCAAUGCCCGGGCUCCUGCCCCUUACAAGCGAGAUUUUGAAGCCAAACUAAGGAACUUUUACAGGAAAUUAGAGACUAAAGGAUAUGGACAAGGCCCAGGGAAAUUAAAGUUAAUUAUCAGAAGAGAUCACUUACUUGAAGAUGCUUUUAAUCAGAUUAUGGGCUACUCCCGAAAAGACCUGCAGAGAAAUAAGCUGUAUGUCACAUUCGUCGGGGAGGAAGGGUUGGAUUACAGUGGACCUUCCAGAGAGUUUUUCUUCCUCGUGUCCAGAGAACUCUUUAACCCAUAUUAUGGCUUAUUUGAAUAUUCAGCCAAUGACACAUACACAGUACAAAUAAGUCCCAUGUCUGCUUUUGUAGACAAUCACCACGAAUGGUUCCGGUUCAGUGGUAGGAUCCUUGGUCUUGCGCUAAUACACCAGUAUUUGUUGGAUGCCUUCUUCACACGGCCCUUUUAUAAGGCUCUUCUCAGAAUUCUGUGUGACCUUAGUGAUCUGGAAUACCUUGAUGAAGAGUUCCACCAGAGCUUGCAAUGGAUGAAAGACAAUGAUAUCCAUGACAUCCUGGACCUCACAUUCACUGUGAAUGAAGAAGUUUUUGGGCAGAUUACUGAACGAGAAUUAAAACCAGGGGGUGCCAAUAUCCCAGUCACAGAGAAGAACAAGAAGGAGUACAUCGAGAGGAUGGUGAAAUGGAGGAUCGAGAGGGGUGUUGUGCAACAGACAGAGAGCUUAGUGCGCGGCUUCUACGAGGUGGUGGAUGCCAGGCUGGUAUCUGUUUUUGAUGCAAGAGAACUAGAACUUGUCAUCGCAGGCACAGCUGAAAUAGACCUAAGUGACUGGAGAAACAACACAGAAUAUAGAGGAGGAUAUCAUGACAAUCAUAUUGUAAUUCGGUGGUUCUGGGCUGCAGUGGAAAGAUUCAACAAUGAACAGCGACUAAGGCUGUUACAGUUUGUUACAGGCACAUCCAGCAUUCCCUAUGAAGGAUUUGCUUCUCUCCGAGGGAGUAAUGGCCCAAGAAGAUUCUGUUGCAGAGCUCACACUUGUUUUAACCGUCUGGAUCUCCCCCCCUACCCAUCCUUCUCCAUGCUUUAUGAAAAACUCUUGACAGCAGUUGAAGAGACCAGUACCUUUGGACUUGAAUGACCUGGAAGCACAAUGCUUGACUCCAUAUGGACAGGCAAUUUCAGAAGCUGCCCUCUAGAAUGGCUGAACAUGGGAAAUUUCAAGAAUAUGCUUCCAUUAGAGUAAAACUGAGUGCUGUUAUCUUCCAGGAGCACAUGCUCUGCCACAUUUGGGGACUGGAUAGUGGUGAUGAGUCCUCUUUGAAGGAUUUGGGUGAGCUUGAUGCCCAGGGAACAACCCAACAGUCUUUCAAUCAACAGUUCUUGACUGCCAAACUUUUUUCCAUUUGUUAUAUUCCAAGACAAAGAUGAAUCUGUACAAGAUCAGCUGCACGGUAACUUUCAGAGACUCAGGAGAAUCUUGAAACUUACCUUUGAAUGUGGUUCAAGCCAAACUAGCAGCACUUGACCCAAUCUCCAAAUUAAUGCAAGUUGAAUAAUAUAAUAAAAACAAAUAUAUUUCCUGAAAGUACAUUUAUUUAAGCCCUAAGCUAUAACAGAAUGUUCAUUUUUCUAGCUUAUGGGUGCUUGCAUGGUGUGCACCAUAAGUUUCAGCUUUCAUGGGACAUGAGUGAAAAAUGAAACCAAGUCAAUAUGAGGUAACUUUAAAGAUUUGCAAAAGGUAGACGAUGAUAAUGUAUAUGCAAAGUGGUAUGUAUGUAAUUAUGGCUAAAGAGAAACUGUUAUACAAUGAAUUACUAAUGACAGAUUUUAUGCUUUAUAAUGCAUGAAAACAAUUUUAAAUAACUAGCAAUUAAUCACAGAAUAUCAGGAAAAAUUACACAGUGAGUUCUGUUUAUUUUUUAUAGGUUCAUUAUAUUUAUGUUAAGAUGUAUAUAAGAACCUACCUAUCUUACUGUACAUGUCACCUGUUCCAUUUUCAUGUUCCAUGCUUACUUGGGCAUCAUGCUAGUAUGUAUCCUUUUAAGUACUCUCAAGGGAACAAAAGGGCCUUUUAUUUUUAUAAAGGUACAAAAAAAUUCCCUGAAAUAUUUUGCACUGAAUGUACCAAAGUCGAAGGGACAUUACAAUAUGACUAACAGCAACUCCAUCACUUGACAAAUAUAAUAGAGAAUAGCUUCUAAAUCCAACUUCCUUCACAGUGCCAUGUCUACCACUACAAGGACUGUGCAUCUAAGUAAUAAUUUUUUAAGACUCACUAUAUGUGAUAGUAUGAUAUGCAUUUAUUUAAAAUGCAUUAGACUCUCUUCCAUCCAUCAGAUACUUUACAGGAUGGCAUUUAAUAAAGAUUUCGUAUUUCCCCACUGCUUUUUAUUUGUACAGCAUCAUUAAACACUAAGCUCAGUUAGGGAGCCAUCAGCAACACCCAAGAGAUCAGCUCUCUUAAGUAGUAAGAAUUCCAUUUUCCCUCAUCAGUGAAGACAUUACAAAUUGAAACUCUCAGUACUAUAUUUCUAAACCUGCAUUUUCACCAAUGCAUAAUUUUCUUAUCAAUAUUAAGAAACAAUUUUUCUAUGGUAUCUCAGAAAUUGCAUGACAUCACUAAUGUUAUUUCUGUGUGUUUUUAUCAGAGGGUGUCCUUCAUUUUUAUUGCUUUUGGGGUUUUCCACAUCAUUGUUUAUUUCCUGAAUUAUGGCCAUAACUAAUCAGACGUUCAA